ACGAACGCAAAGGCGCCGCGGCUGUGCCCUCUGUUUCCCUCCCGGGAGGAGGAGCGAGGAGGCCCUGCCCUCGUUCCUCCCUCUGUCCCACCCCAGCAGAGCAGAGGGCUCUGCUCUCCCGCCGAGCCUCGUUCGGCCCCGGGAGGCGGAGGAGCGCGGAGGCUCCGCCCUCGUUAUAGCGAGGGAAGGAGCGCGAUGCCGCCCACUGGGAACCCUCGUUCCGCCCCCGUUCCACCCCGGGAGGCGGAGCGCGGGGACACGGGGCGGGUGCGGUGCCGCCGCUCUCCUGUGCGGAGCGGCGACACGUGCGCGGAGCGGCGGCGAUGCGGAUCGCCGCCGGGCAGCGCCAUCGCCAUCGAGCAGCGUCUGGAGGACGGCAGGAAUGGACGAGAGCUGCACCAGGAGCUGCCCACCCCGUUCCGGGCGCCGGAACAGAAGAUGGAGGUGGAACCGACCGAGCACAGCGCCUCCGAGCAGCGGAACCCUCUGCAGGGUAAGGACGAGCUGCUCAACCCCUGCAAGGAGGCUGCUGACAGCCCUCAUCCUGCCAAGCAACGCAGCGAACAUGUCCGUGGGAUGCAAGGCGACGGGAUCCCCGCACCAAAGAAGAUGCUGUUCCCCGUGGAGCGCCUCUCCUUGAAGUGGCAGAAGACCCACCGGAUCGGUGCCGGGCUGCGAAACUUGGGGAAUACGUGCUUCCUCAACUCCACUGUGCAGUGCCUCAGCUACACACCUCCGCUCGCCAACUACCUGCUCUCCAGGGAGCACAGCCGGACCUGCCAGCGAGGGGAGUUUUGCAUGCUGUGCACUAUGGAGAAGCACAUACUGCAGGUUUUCGGUAGCAGCGGCAGGGAAAUACAGCCCACGGCCUUCGUCAGAAACAUCAAGAAGAUUGCCACGCACAUCCGCUUAGGCCGCCAGGAGGAUGCACACGAGUUCCUCAGUUUGACCCUUGAUGCCAUGCAGAGGGCCUGCCUGGAUGGCUGUACCGAGUUGGAUCAGCAGAGCCAGACCACAACGCUGGUUCACCAGAUCUUUGGUGGCUUCCUGCGAUCGCGUGUGCUGUGCAAAGAGUGCAAUUCACCCUCGGACACGUAUGAACCCUUCCUGGACCUGGCGGUGGAGAUCGAGGAAGCUGAAAGCCUCAAGCAGGCACUGAAGUUGUUUGUGAGGCCAGAGAUGCUGUGUGAGGAGAACGCCUACAUGUGUGACAAGUGCCAGGCCAAAGUGCAAGCCAUCAAACGCUUCAGCAUCCACCGAGCCUCCAGUGUUCUCAUAGUCUCGCUGAAGCGCUUUUCCAUCUUCAGCGGAGGCAAAAUCAAGAAGAACGUGACAUACCCUGAGAUCUUGGACAUCCGGCCUUACUUGUCAAAGGCCAAAGGGGACCCUAUGAAUUAUGAGCUCUACGCCGUGCUGGUGCACUCUGGGUACUCCUGCCACUCAGGGCACUACUACUGCUACGUGAAGGCCAGCGAUGGGCAGUGGUACAAAAUGAAUGAUGCCGUUGUCUCCGUCACCACCAUCAACGUGGUCCUGAACCAGCAGGCCUAUGUGCUUUUCUACCUCAGAACACGCAGCACCGGCAAGAGAGUUGAGGGACCCAAGGCCAAGGCUGUGUCCAUUGCGCCCAGCCAGCCAGUGGUGGCCCAGCCGCCGGGAAGCGCCAUGGCCAUGACAGAGAAGCUGGAGGACGGCAAGAAUGGUCGAGAGCUGCACCAGGAGCUGGCCACCCCGUUCCGGGCGCCACAGCAGGAGAAAAUGGAGAUGGGACCGACCAAGUACAGCGCCUCCCAGCAGCUGAACCCUCUGCAGGACAAGGAUGAGCUGCUCAACCCCUGCAAGGAGGCUGGUGACAGCCCUCAUCCUGCCCAGCAACGCAGCGAACAUGUCCGUGGGAUGCAAGGCGACGGGAUCCCCGCACCAAAGAAGAUGCUGUUCCCCGUGGAGCGCCUCUCCUUGAAGUGGCAGAAGACCCACCGGAUCGGCGCCGGGCUGCGAAACUUGGGGAAUACGUGCUUCCUCAACUCCACUGUCCAGUGCCUCAGCUACACACCUCCGCUCGCCAACUACCUGCUCUCCAGGGAGCACAGCCGGACCUGCCAGCGAGGGGAGUUUUGCAUGCUGUGCACUAUGGAGAAGCACAUACUGCAGGUUUUCGGUAGCAGCGGCAGGGAAAUACAGCCCACGGCCUUCGUCAGAAACAUCAAGAAGAUUGCCACGCACAUCCGCUUAGGCCGCCAGGAGGAUGCACACGAGUUCCUCAGUUUGACCCUUGAUGCCAUGCAGAGGGCCUGCCUGGAUGGCUGUACCGAGUUGGAUCAGCAGAGCCAGACCACAACGCUGGUUCACCAGAUCUUUGGUGGCUUCCUGCGAUCGCGUGUGCUGUGCAAAGAGUGCAAUUCACCCUCGGACACGUAUGAACCCUUCCUGGACCUGGCGGUGGAGAUCGAGGAAGCUGAAAGCCUCAAGCAGGCACUGAAGUUGUUUGUGAGGCCAGAGAUGCUGUGUGAGGAGAACGCCUACAUGUGUGACAAGUGCCAAGCCAAAGUGCAAGCCAUCAAACGCUUCAGCAUCCACCGAGCCUCCAGUGUUCUCAUAGUCUCGCUGAAGCGCUUUUCCAUCUUCAGCGGAGGCAAAAUCAAGAAGAACGUGACAUACCCUGAGAUCUUGGACAUCCGGCCUUACUUGUCAAAGGCCAAAGGGGACCCUAUGAAUUAUGAGCUCUACGCCGUGCUGGUGCACUCUGGGUACUCCUGCCACUCAGGGCACUACUACUGCUACGUGAAGGCCAGCGAUGGGCAGUGGUACAAAAUGAAUGAUGCCGUUGUCUCCGUCACCACCAUCAACGUGGUCCUGAACCAGCAGGCCUAUGUGCUUUUCUACCUCAGAACACGCAGCACCAGCAAGAGAGUUGAGGGACCCAAGGCCAAGGCUGUGUCCAUUGCGCCCAGCCAGCCAGUGGUGGCCCAGAAACCAGAGGCGCAGCCUGCAAAGAAGCUCUCUGGGCAGGAGGAGGUUGAGGUCUCUGUGUCCCAUAGAACAUUCAGCACAGGGCCAAAGCUUUCCAGCUCCUCCAAGCUGCUGCAGGAGCCCAGGCAGCACCUCUCUGCUGUGCCUGGAGUCAAGCCACCUGCUCCAGAAGGCUCCAGGCGGGCUGAAUUGAAGAGGUCCCUGUGCGCCGUUGGCACUGUGAAGCAGAGCAGCAGCACAUCUCCAGCACCAGCCAAGAAGCUGGCACUCUCUGCCGAAAAGGGCAGCACGCCGGAGGCAGUGAGCAGAGAUGACCAUUGCAGGCAACCUCAGCCACAGGUUCCAGAGCAGACGCACCCCAUGGGCACCACAUGCCAUGACUCCACUUCUCAGCAUUCUGGCGAGUUGAGAACACUCGGCACCAGCAAGAGAGUUGAGGGACCCAAGGCCAAGGCUGUGUCCAUCCCGCCCAGCCAGCCAGUGAUGGCCCAGAAACCAGAGGUGCAGCCUGCAAAGAAGCUGUCUGGGCUGGAGGAGGUUGGGGUCUCUGCGUUCCAUAGAACAUUCAACACGGGGCCAAGUCUGGCAAAUGUUACGGUUCCACCAAAUCUGCCACAGAACGCGCCCACUUCAUUCAAGAUAAAUCGCAGCGUUCUGAAAAGGCACUCAGCCCUGCCUUACGAUGCGGCCCAGAGGCCCAAGAGGCUCUGGCACCUGCCUCGUGGACCCAGAUCAUUUCAGGACCACGAGACAAAAAAAGACAAGUGAGGCCAAACAAGUGAGGCCAAAGUGGAGCUGCCCCUGUGUAGCUUCUUAGAGACCAAGAAGCCACACAUGUCAUUCAAGAUGCGGGAGCCCAAACAGCACCUCUCUGCAGUCCUUGGAGUUGUGCAGCUGUUCCUGACAGCUGCUGUCUGGUUAAACUGAAGCGCUCCCUGUUGACGGCUGUGGAGCGGAGCAGCUCCACAUCUCCAGCACCAGCCAAGAAGCUGGCACUGUCUGCCGAAAAGCUACAGGGCAGCACGCCGGUGCCGGUGAGCAGAGAUGACCAUUGCAGGCAACCUCAGCCACAGGUUCCGAAGCAGAUGCACCCCAUGGGCACCACGCACCCUGACUCCACUUCUCAGCAUUCUGGCGAGUUGAGAACACUCGGCACCGGCAAGAGAGUUGAGGGACCCAUGGCCAAGGCUGUGUCCAUCCCGCCCAGCCAGCCAGUGAUGGCCCAGAAACCAGAGGCGCAGCCUGCAAAGAAGCUGUCUGGGCAGGAGGAGGUUGGGGUCUCUGCGUUCCAUAGAACAUUCAGCACAGGGCCAAGUCUGGCAAAUGUUACGGUUCCGCCAAAUCCGCCACAGAACGCACCUCCUUCAUUCAAGAUAAAUCGCAACGUUCUGAAAAGGCACUCAGCCCUGCCUUACGAUGCGGCCCAGAGGCCCAAGAGGCUCUGGCACCUGCCUCAUGGACCCAGAAUAUUUCAGGACCACGAGACAAAAAAAGACAAGUGAGGCCAAACAAGUGAGGCCAAAGUGGAGCUGCCCCUGUGUAGCUUCUUAGAGACCAAGAAGCCACACAUGUCAUUCAAGAUGCAGGAGCCCAAACAGCACCUCUCUGCAGUCCUUGGAGUUGUGCAGCUGUUCCUGACAGCUGCUGUCUGGUUAAACUGAAGCGCUCCCUGUUGACGGCUGUGGAGCGGAGCAGCUCCACAUCUCCAGCACCAGCCAAGAAGCUGGCACUGUCUGCCGAAAAGGGCAGCACGCCGGAGGCGGUGAGCAGAGAUGACCAUUAUCAACCAAUCAAAUUAUCAGCCCUUGAGGACCUCAGCUCCCCUCUGAAAACGCGCCACCAUGGGGCAGAUGGCAGCCCUCAAUCUCAAUCUGUGAAUGGCAAAGAUGACACCUCCAGCCCGCCCAGAAAGAAGAGCCGCACACACGGGAACUCGGUGUCCGUCACGGGGGAGGAGGCAGGCAAGAGUCCCAGUGGUGGCCAGAAGGAGCAAUGCUGCCAGGAGUUGGGGGCAGAGCAGAAGGAGAAGGAGAAGGAGGAGGAGGAGGACAAUAAGAAGGAGGUGGAGAAGAAAAAGAAGAGGAAGAGAAGGGCUCUGUCUUCAGCACAUCUUCAUCUGCACUGAAGCUGCCAAAUCCAGAAAAGGCUCCCUUGAAAAUCAUCAUCAAAUUAUCAACGCUUGAGGACCUCAGCUCCCCUUUGAAAAGCGCCACCAUGGGGUCCACCAAGUGCCACAGAUUGAGGAGGAGAAGAAGAAGAAGAAGGAGAAGAAGAAGAAGAGGAGGAGAAUGGAGUCAAAAGAGUGCUUUUCAGGAACUCUGUCUUCGGGCAGCUGAGGCGAUAAGGUCUGUCCUGUUUGUGCAGCAGCAAUAUGUGCCUGGCAACACCAGGCUGGCGAUGGAGCCAGGCUCUCCACAGCUGUCCAGAGCCCCGAGCCAGACCAUGAGGCCAGCACACCACCCGGGAGCCGCAAAGCAUCCCAUGUAGCAAAGGAGCUACUUAAGGACUCCAUGAACAAAAUAUACGGCUGUGCCAUCCCUGAAGCGGGGCGGCCUCGCCAGCCUUCUCGGGGCAGAACGUCCCCUGGGGUGAGUGGGAGAGGCGAUGCCACAACUGGAGAGAUGCAGAGUUGCCUCCUCCCUGAACAGCAGCGCGGGUCCAGCCCUCUGGCUGCGGGGAGACAGAAAUCCCUGUGCUCUGACCUCAGGACACCUCCUGCCUUUGCACACGUAAAGAAGACAAAAUUUAAAGGAAUGAUGAAAUGGACUAGGACUGUCCAGCGACUGAAAAACCAGCGUUGGUUCUGAAGCAGUACUCCCCUGCCAAGGGAGCCAGCCAGAGACGUUGGAUUUGAGCUCCUGCUCCCUGCCCGCUUCUGGCUGUUGUUCAUUCUCUCCACCUCCCAUCUGGACAGGGCUGGUACCCACUGCCCUCCCCCCUUUGAGUGUCACUGGAGUUUUUUUUUACUCGCUCCCCUCCCCACCCCCUCCCCUCUGCCUUUCCUCCCCGUUCCCUGGCUCUCCCACCCUCCUUUUCCCCUCGCCAUGCCCCUUCACCCCUCGCUGUGUCGUUUUCCCCUCGCCGUGUCAUUUUGCCCCUCACUGUGUCCUUUUGCCCUUUGCCAUGUCAUUUCUCCCCUCGCCAUCUCCUUUGCCCCCUUUCCAUGUCAUUUUGCCCCUCACUGUGUCCUUUCGCCCCUCGCUGUCAUUUCAUGUUCGCCAUUGCCUUUCCCCCGCCAUGCCUUUCCCCUCACUAUAUGCUUUCCCCUCGCCGUGUCCUUUCGCCCCUUGCCAUCUCCCUUUCCCCUCGCCAUGUCAUUUCACCCCUCACUGCAUCAUUUCGCACUUGUCAUGUCCUUUCCCCUCUCCAUGUCCUUUUGCCCCUCGAUGUGUCCUUUCCCCUUGCCAUGUCAUUUUGUGCUCACCAUCUCCCCUUCCCUUCACUGUGUCCUUUUGCCCCUCGCCAUCUCCCUUUCCCCUCACAAUUCCCCUGCGCUCUCCCCUUC